AUGUCUUCAGCAAAAGAGGCCGAGGCCACUUUGUCGCCACCCCUCUCCACGGCAAGCUCUUCGGAGAAAGAUGAGAGUUAUGCAUUCUACAAACAGAACCAGGGACUGGAGUAUACGCCAGAAGAAGCCAAACGCGUUCUUCGAAAGAUUGACUUGCGACUGAUCCCGCUCCUAUUUUUGAUUUACAUGCUUCAGUAUCUCGACAAGAACAGUAUCAACUUUGCGUCCGUAUAUGGCCUAAAGACAGGCACUCAUCUGAAAGGACAACAAUAUUCUUGGCUCAGUUCCAUCUUUUAUUUCGGAUAUCUCAUUGCGCAAUGGCCUGCAGGGUUAGCUCUGCAAAAGCUGCCCGUUGGCAAGUUCUUGGCUGGGACCACACUAGUAUGGGGAGGUCUUCUCAUGACAACACCAGCCUGCCAUAAUUUCGCCGGAAUUGCCAUCAACCGCUUCCUUCUCGGAGCAGUAGAAGCAGUCGUCAGUCCUGGAUUUGUUCUGAUGAUGGGAAUGUGGUAUACAUCUGAGGAGCAGCCUCUGCGACUCGAGGCAUGGUACUGUACCAACGGUAUUGCAACGAUGUUUGGCGGCUUGAUUGGAUAUGCCGUUGGACAUAUCACAACCGGACUUCCAAGAUGGAUGUACGUUUUCCUCAUCUUCGGCGCAUUCUCUAUCGCAGUCGGAGUCGGUGCUCUCAUCUUCCUUCCGGAUCUGCCAUCGACUGCCAAGUUCCUGAGUGAACGCGAGAAAGCCAUUGCUGUGGAGCGUGUUGCGAUCAACCGACAGGGUGUGAAGAAUCAGCAAUUCAAGUGGUAUCAGGUUCGACAGGCGGCGGAAGACCCAAAGACGUGGCUGUUGUUUGUGAUGGCAAUUGGAGCGCAAAUUCCGAAUUCGGCGUUGACAAGUUUUACUUCCAUCAUCGUUGGAACAUUUGGAUUCGAUACCCUUGGAACGCAAUACCUCCAAAUCCCCGGCGGUGCCGUCCAGUUCAUCACUCUCCUUCUCGGUGGCUAUAUCGCAACCAAGUUCGACGGUAAAUUCCACUCACGGUUUGCAUGCAUGAUCUUUGCCUGUGCGGUUUGCAUCAUUGGCUCGGCAUUACUUGUCACUCUUCCCAAUUCCAACAAGUGGGGUCGUCUUGUUGCGCUUUGGCUGUGCUAUUUCCAAGGCCUGGGCUUUAGUAUGAGUUUGACUAUUGUCAGCUCUAACAUUGCUGGAUAUACAAAGAAGCAGGUUACAUCUGCUUUGCUGUUUACCGGUUAUUGCGUUGGAAAUAUCAUCGGGCCGCAGACUUUCAAGUCUAGUGAGGCUCCGGGGUAUCACAGUGCUUACAUUGCGAUGCUUGCUGGAUAUGCUGUCAAGUUGGCAGCUAUCAUUGCACUGUACAUUUACAUGUACCUGGAGAAUAAGCGCCGUGAUAGAGAGGCGAUUAAUGGUGAGGAAGUUGAAGCGGAGGGUGUUGAAAAUGGAAUGCUGGACAAAACCGAGAUCGAGAACAAAGGCUUUAGAUACGUUUUAUAA